AUGAACACUCACCUUGUAUUGGCCGUCGGGGCUUUCGCAUUACUUGCCCAACUCACGAUCACCCUCAUACGAUGGUUUCGAUCUCCCCUUCGUUCAGUGCCUGGGCCAUGGCUAGCCCGCUUCACAAACCUUUGGUACUUCUAUCGCGUUAAGCGAGGUAACUUCGAAAAGCUCAACGUUCAGCUUCAUGAGCGAUUCGGCCCAAUCGUUCGUUACGGUCCAAAUCGAUUCAGUUUCAGUGACGCCGAGUCACCCAAGACAAUCUACGGUCAUGGGACGCAGUUUCCAAAGUCAGACUUUUACACCACUUUCCAGCCGAGCGAGGACAUGUGGAACAUGUUUGCGGACCGGGACAUCAAGCACCACGCCCACACCAGGAGGUUCUACGCCAAUGCGUACUCAAUGGCCUCCCUUAUUCAUUACGAGCCCUACCUGAACGAGUGCGGCGCCCUCUUCUCCCAACGACUUCUCGAAUUUUCCAAGGCCGGAACUGCGGCUGACUUCGGUCACUGGUUUCAGUGUUUCGCAUUCGAUGCCAUCGCCAUGAUGACGUACGGAAAACGUCUCGGGUUUCUGGAUCGAGGAGAGGACAUUGCCAAUGUCAUCGACAACCUCGACAACAACCUCCUAUACGCGAGCAUGAUGGGAAUCUUCCCGGCACUGCACAAGUUCGCUAUGCCGUUACUGGCCAUGAUCGAUGCUCGCAUCGGUAGCGGUACUGGUAUGUAUGUGAUCGACUUCACCCGGAAGACGAUCGGGGACGAGCGAGCUUCGCCAAAGUCAGUCGCCGAGGCCACAUACCAAGAAGACGGCGCGGCUGUCGGCGAGACGUUUCUCUCGAAGUUUCUGGCCAAACACUCCAACAACCCCGAUGAAUAUUCCAAUUUCCACGUUCUUACUGGAUGCGCAUCGAAUAUGUUCGCGGGCUCCGACACCACCGGCAUCAGCCUGUCGGCCAUUCUGUACAACCUUCUCAAGAACCCAGACAGCAUGGGCAGGCUGCGCGAGGAGAUCGACGACUUCACCCGCCGUGGCGAGCUUUCGCAAGCGCCCUCUUUCAAAGAGACCCAAAAGAUGCCCUACCUCCAAGCUGUCAUAAAAGAGGCGCUGCGUGUCCAUCCAGCAGUGGGAUUGCCUUGGGAAAGGGUCGUGCCCGAAGGUGGCGCCACUAUUGGUGGAAGAUUCUUUCCAGAGGGGUCCAUAGUGGGCAUCAAUAGCUGGGUCCAACACAGGAACAAGGCCCUGUUCGGAGAGGAUGCUGAACUCUUCCGUCCCGAUCGAUGGUUGAUCAGUGACGAGGCCAGGCUGUCCGUGAUGAAUAGGAACUGGAUGCCUUUUGGUUUGGGGUCAAGGACCUGCAUGGGAAAGAAUAUUUCGAUGCUGGAAAUGUCAAAGCUCAUUCCCAGGAUCAUCCGCGACUUUGAAUUCAAGCUCGAAGGCCCUUCUGCCAUGCCUGGUUGCUCUUGGGAAACCCAUAACGCUUGGUUUGUCAAGCCCCGCAAGUUUUAUGCCACGGUACGGUCCAGGAAGACGGCUUAG